UCAGGGUGGGGAGAGAACUGCGAAGGAGUGGAGCGCCGUUGUUCUUUGGAGCCAAAACUCACUUCUUUCUUUCUCUCUCUUCAAUUUUCCAGAGAAAGUGACAGAAAAAAAAAUAAAGAGAUGCUCCAACAGAACUUAAACGCAGUGUUUUCGAGCUCCUCUGAAUCAUCAUCAUUCUUUGCUUUCAGACCAUCUCAUUUUCUUUCACCGCCACCUAUACCUCUCUCACUCCGCUUUUUCUCCAUGGCCGCCGACGAUGACCACCAUAUCCGCCGCAAGCUUCAGCUCUGUCACUCUUCUUCUACUUCUUCUUUCAAGCUCCUCAAUCCCGUCCUCGCUUGCCGCGCCUCACCUGACUCUCACGAGACCACCUCCUCUCUCAGGAAUGAUAAUGGUUCCCCAGUUCAUGGACUAUCCGAAAUGAUUGUUGGUGUGUUAGGAGGAGGCCAAUUGGGUCGUAUGCUAUGCCAAGCAGCUUCAAAAAUGGCCAUUAAAGUCAUGGUUUUGGACCCUUCAGAGAAUUGCCCGGCCAGUGCUCUCGCUUAUGAUCAUAUGGUUGGGAGCUUUGAUGACAGCGCUACUGUUCAAGAAUUUGCGAAAAGAUGUGGAGUUUUGACGGUUGAAAUUGAACAUGUGGAUGUUGCCACUCUAGAGAGGCUUGAGCAACAAGGAGUGGAUUGCGAACCUAGAGCUUCUACCAUUCGAAUUAUCCAAGAUAAAUUUCUCCAGAAAGUUCAUUUUUCUCAGCAUGCCAUUCCACUUCCUGAGUUUAUGGAGAUUGAUGAUCUUGAAGGAGCCAAGAGAUCAGGUGACCUAUUUGGCUAUCCUCUUAUGAUAAAGAGCAAGAGGUUAGCUUAUGAUGGGCGUGGAAAUGCUGUUGCGAAGAGUGAAGAGGAGCUUCCUUCUGCCAUAUCUGGUAAGGGAGUUGGUAUUAAAAAAGAUAUUAUUAUAGCUUUUUAG